UUGAUUCCGAAUUCAAACAAAACUGACAAGGCAUCAAUGCUCGACGAGGCCAUUGAAUAUCUGAAACAGCUUCAACUUCAAGUCCAGAUGUUGACAAUGAGAAAUGGACUAAGUUUACAUCCAGGCUAUUCGCUCGGAUCAUUGCAAUCUAUGUUAGUUCCUCCAGGCGGGCUGGAAUUAGACGAGGUUAACGUGUUUAGAGAUGCAAAUAGAGACAGGGAGAAUAACGUCUUUAUGCAAAGUGCUAUGGAGAAUAUCAAUCUCGGUUCUUCGAACCGGCCUAUGCUAGUACCAUCCAUGACAGCAAACAAUACUAAUUCAAGAAUUCUACCUAGUGUAGUGCCAUCUGUGCAAAACCAUUAUGGACUGCUUAAUCAUUUGGCCACCUCAAAGGAUAUUUGUCGGGAUGGUCCGGUUUCGCAGCUGCAGUUAGAUAUGAGUUGCACUGGGAACAACUCAUCUUCAGGCAUUUCUUCCUAGUACAAAAAAGAGAAGAAAAAAAUUAAAUAAAUUAAGGAGGUGGUGAUUAUUGAAUUUGCAGGUGGAUUAUAUGGACUAUUUUCCUUGUAAUAAUUAAACUUUAUUUUUUUUUUCAGUUUAUACAUGGGCUUUUUUUCGUUUAAUGAAAUUGUAUUUGUAAUUGUCAA